GUUUCCUCGAAGCCCUUUGCUUAGUUCCUGACUGCUACCGUCGACUGAGCAGCUUCACAGCGAUUAGGCGUGGACAGAAGACAGGAAUUUACUGUGCUGAAGCAAAGCUUCUUGGCUAGGCUAGGCCGGUUUCUCGCAGAAUGGUAGCACACAGCGGAUCCCUGCUGGGUUCCUCGAGACCUGUCAUAGGUUUAGAGAGGCUCGGUGGGUCCCGUGCGCAGGCCAGCGUGUGCAGAUGCCGAGAUGCCAGAAAAAGGACGCAUGUACUUGUUGAAGCAGUCAAAAGGGAUUCGAAAAGGAAAGAUCAGAGGGAAGAGAAGGUUUGGCGCAGUGAAUUAGAACCCCGGCAGCCCCUGGCACGCCCGCCCGAAGGCCUCAACAUUGUCAGCGUUCUCAGUUCAGUAGAUGUUGACUUGGAAAGCUCACAUCUGACCGGCAGGCAGCGAAGGGAUUGGGGUGUUCUGAACGCUCUUGUAGAUCGAUGGGACUUUCUGCCUGCGAGAUGGAAGGUGGUCGCUGCGACAUCGCUCGCAUUCGUGAUAUGCAACAUGGACAAGGUGAACAUCAGCGUGGCCAUCAUCCCCAUGGCCCAGGACUUUGGCUGGAGCCCCACAGUAUCAGGGCUGGUGCAGAGCUCCUUCUUCUACGGCUAUGCGCUCACGCAGAUCCCUGGGGGUUAUGUGACUUCGCGGAUUGGCGGCAGGAGCGUCCUGCCAGCAGGGGUCAGCCUCUGGUCAGCUGCCACAGCCGCAGUCCCACUGCUCGCAGGCACCAUACCAGGGCUGUUCCUGUGCCGGGCAGCGGUGGGUCUCGGGGAGGGAGUGGCGCCAUCGGCGUCCACAGACAUGGUUGCGCGGCUGAUAGACACCCGGGAGCGAUCGCGCGCGACCUCUUACAUGUUUGGCGGGCUGCACGUCGGCUCACUGCUGGGCCUGCUGGUGGCUCCUGCGCUCAUUGAGCGAUUUGGGUGGCAGACGGUGUUCUAUGGGUUUGGGCUGGCGGGCCUGGCUUGGAGUUUUUGGUGGGAGGCUGUGGUCAAAGGCAUCCAGGAGGACGAGCCAGAGGCCUUCCUGCAGCUCACGCGCACCAGCCGCCAGGUGGCGGCGGCUGCGGCGGCCAAGUCGGGCAGCGCGCUGGCGGCGGAGGAGCCGAUGCCGUGGCGCGCGUUCCUGCGCAAUACACCCGUCCGCGCACUCGCAUACACCCACUUCUGCAACAACUGGUUCCACUACACGAUGAUGGCAUGGCUGCCCACCUACUUCACCGACACGCUGUCACUGUCUCUCACCCAAGCCGCCCAGGUGUCGCUGCUGCCGCCGAUUGCGGCAAUCGGCAUAAGCCUGACGGCUGGGCCGCUGGCGGACGGGUUGAUAGAGCGAGGAUGGCCGGUCGCGCGCGUGCGCAAGCUGGCACAGAUCACGGCCUUCCUCUGCCCCACUGCCUGUCUGCUCGCCACUGCUAACUGCGACGACGGGCCCACCUCCGUCGCCCUGGUGACGGCUGCGCUGGGAACGGCGUCGCUGAGCCUGUGCGGGCUGUACUGCAACCACGCCGACCUGUCGCCGCGAUAUGCACCCUUCCUGCUCGGCAUGACCAACACCAUCGGCGCAGUCCCCGGCAUCAUCGGUGUUGCUGUCACCGGAGCAAUCCUCGACGCCACUGGCUCGUGGUCGUGGGCGCUCUUUGCCCCGAGCGCGUUCUUCUUUGUGACGGGCGCGGUUAUCUUCGGCACGCUCGGCAGCAGUGACGCGCAGGACUUC